AUGUUCCCUUUAGACUCGUCAUGGAACAUCUCGUUCGCAGGCUGCGGCUUCUUGGGCAUCUACCAUGUCGGCGUCGCCAGCUGCCUGUUGGAGCAGGCUCCGUUCCUGGUGCACAACGCCAAACACAUUUAUGGAGCGUCGGCCGGAGCGCUGACCGCCACUGCCUUGGUCACUGGCGUGUGUCUUGGAGAGGCUGGUGCCAGUAUCAUUGAGGUCGCCAAGGAAGCCAGAAAACGCUUCCUCGGUCCCAUGCAUCCGUCCUUCAACUUGGUGAAGAUUGUGCGCUUCAUGUUACAGCGUACUCUGCCCGCUGACUCACACCAAAUUGCCAACGGGAGGCUGGGAAUAUCUCUGACCAGAGUAACAGAUGGAGAAAAUGUGCUUGUAUCACACUUCAACAACAAAGAAGAAAUUGUGCAGGCAUGUGUUUGCAGUGCCUACAUCCCAGUGUAUUGUGGCAUUAUUCCUCCCACACUGCAAGGAGUGCGAUACGUCGACGGGGGAAUCUCUGACAACUUGCCUCAGUACGAGCUGAAAAACACUAUUACCGUGUCCCCGUUCUCCGGUGAGAGUGACAUCUGUCCGCGAGACACCUCCACCAACAUACAUGAGCUCCGCUUUACCAACACCAGCAUACAGUUCACGCUCACCAACCUUUACAGAAUUUCAAGGGCACUUUUCCCACCAGAUCCAAUGGUUAUGAAAGCCAUGUGUAAACAGGGAUAUAAUGAUGCACUGCACUUCCUGAAGAAGAACGGAUUGCUCAAUUUCAGUGACCCUCACAUAGACAGAGUCCUGCUGCCCAACAUAGAACAGCAUGACAAUCAAGUUGACCAUGUUCGUACCGAUGCCAAAGGUGUUAGAGAGGAGGAGAAGAUGUGCAUUAUCGAUGAAGCAUUGACUGUUCAUCCUUCAAUAGAGGAGCACAUCAUUGUACGACUUCCCCCUACUUUACACAAAGCCUUAAUUGAGGCGUGCACCGAGAGAAGGAGCCUUGUGCAGUCGCUUAGCAACCUGCUUCCUUUCAGGAUGGCAUCUGCCAUGAUGCUUCCAUACACUCUCCCUCUGGAGUCCGCUUUGUCUUUGAGUCUCAGACUUUUAGAAUGGUUGCCAGACGUGCAGGAAGAUGUUGGGUGGAUUCAUGAGCAGUUGGUGAAAGUUGUUCAGCAUGUUCUGCGCCAGGCCUCGAAAAGUAUCACGCAACAUGUUUCUGCCCGAUUCUCCUGUCAACUGGAGCUUCACCACUACCAGUCUCUCCCAUCGCAGAUCCGCUCCACCAGUCUGUAUGCCACCUGGGUAGGUAGCAGCACUCUUUCGGUCCAGGACAUCUUCACACGUCUUGACCAGUACAAGAGGCAGCUUCUAUCUGGAUCAUUUAGCGUCAACAUGAAUCUCAAAGGAUCCUUCAAAACAGAGCAGUUCUACCCAAAUGCCUCUAGCACUCUAGCAGAGAUUUCCAAAAGUGCCACAAUUAUUCCAAUUAUAGUUUGUAGCUAA